UACAAAUCGAAUACAACAUUUUGGAGGCAGAAUCUACGUAUUUUAUAAUAAUAAUUACGCUCCUGAUAUAUGGUAUCAUCAAUGACCAAUAAAAAUCGACCACAUGUAUUUGUAUAAAAUAGUGUAGUAAUCAAUUGAUAGUUUUACACAUUUACAAUCUAUAUUUAUAUCAGUGCGCCUGUCAUGUGUCAACGCGAGCAAAAUCAAACGUCAGUGUAUAACAUUUUGAGGUUAGGAUCGGCAGUGAUUUUAUUCGUUUUUAGACCGAAAAUAUCACAAGAAAGGACAGUACCUGAUGAAGGUGAUAGUGGAAAAUGCCCCCAUCCUGUGGAAGUGAUUGUCAAUCGGAUUUUUCAAGUCCAUUAUACUUAAAGAAUGAAAAAACUCCUAAAGAUAAGGACGAUAUGGCUCCAAAUAAAAUUAUUGUUCUUCUUGUUUUCGUUGCCGGAAUCGCAGUCGCAUUUAUCGGAACUCUUUUACAACGGUAUUUCUGCGAAACAACAUUCGAGUCUUCUGGAAACAAUCGAGUUUUUUCUCCCCUUCCAGCAGAGAAUUUCCUGAACAUCUACGACGAGGGAACACUGAGGCUUACAAAUUCGCCAGAUUUAAUUAAAAAAUGCGAUUCCCACAACGACGCAGCUUCCGUCGCAGAAGCUCUAACUUCCUUGCAUUUGGCCGUCGAAAUGAAGCAUUCUGGUAAGCAGAAAAAAGCUGUGAAGCUUUUUCAACAUGCGGUUGCACUUGCUCCAGAGCAUCCUGACAUUCUGAAUCGCUAUGGGGAAUUUUUGGAACACACUCAGAACAACAUAGUUAAAGCAAAUGAAUAUUACGUUCGUGCUUUGACCUAUCAACCAAAUCACGAAAGUGCUUUAAUCAACAGAGAAAGAACAGCCCGGGUGGUUGAGGAACUGGAUCGAAUAAUGCUCAGAAGAAUUGAUGAAAAGAGGAAUGCACUUUCUGCUAUUCCUGACAGCGAUGCUGCACUCAUCAGGGCAAAAAAGGAAGCAUACUUUCAGCAUAUAUACCACACGGUGGGAAUCGAAGGAAAUACAAUGAAUCUCGCACAGACGAGAGCCAUCGUCGAGACAAGAACUGCUGUCGCUGGAAAAAGCAUCGAUGAGCAUAAUGAAAUUCUUGGACUGGAUGCUGCGAUGAAAUAUAUUAACGCGACCCUUGUGAAUAGGGUUGGCUCAAUUUCUAUAAAGGACAUCCUGGAGAUUCACAGGCGUGUUUUGGGCCAUGUGGACCCUAUCGAAGGUGGACAAUUCCGAAGAACCCAGGUUUACGUCGGUGGACACAUUCCCCCUGGACCUGGAGAUAUUCAUUUCCUGAUGGAAGAAUUUGCUUCCUGGCUCAACAGCGAGAGAGCUAUCAGGUUACAUCCCGUAAGGUAUGCAGCCUUGGCUCAUUACAAGCUGGUACACAUACACCCUUUUUCGGAUGGAAAUGGGAGAACUUCUCGCCUCCUGAUGAACAUGAUUUUGAUGCAAGCUGGUUAUCCUCCAGUCAUCAUUCACAAACGACAUCGACACGAAUAUUACGAAAAUUUGCAAAUAGCAAAUGGAGGCGACGUAAGGCCUUUCGUCAGAUUUAUAGCAGAAUGCACCGAGCAAACGCUCGAUUUGUUCCUCUGGGCCACUAGCGAAUUUUCCAAGCAAGUUCCAGCCUUGAGCCAGGACAGCUUCUCCAAGGACAGACAAAGCACAAUUAUUCUCAAUGACGAUGAAACUAGUGAUUUCGAGAACGAUUGAGACGAGUGCAAAUUAGGCUUUAAUUCAAUUAUUUAUAUUCACGAAUCCCAAGAGUGCAAGCGUGAUAUUUCUGAGAUGAAUUCUGAAAUUUCGCACCAGAAAUAUUUUCAAGUGGGUAACGUUUGCAAAGCACUCUAAAUUUAUUUAUUAUAUAGCUGAUUUAUUUAUACAUUUUUUUUAUUUAUUAUUUUUGGAACUCAUUGAUGAUGUGCAAAAUAUGAAUGGAAUGUAUUUGUAUUGAUAAGGUAUAAAAUGAUUAUUUAUUAUAUGUUAGUGGAAUAAGAGACUGGCAUAAAAAUACCUGACAAGUGAAUUUUAACUCAGAUGAUUUAAAAAACGCGAUAGAGAAUUGUACAUAAAAAAGUGCAUUUGUAGAAGUAUUUAUGACUGUAUAACUAUUAUACUAUCUUCCGCCUUUUUGGAUUUUCUGGGUAUGGAUGAAAUGCCCGGACUCCGCCUUCAGACUGUGAUUACAUUUACAUAUGUUAAAUACUUAUACCUAGUGAAAGAAGAAAAAGCUUCUUCUUAAUUUAUAGACGAAACACAAAUUUUUCACUGUUUGUACAUUUUCUCUUUAAUUUUAAAAAAGCGGCGCUGAAUAUCUGUAAUUACUUGCUGGUCAAGGUUUAUUCAGUUGCAUGUAAAUAAAUAAAGAAUGACCUGUUGUGCAAAAA